CGUCAACUCAGCAGAGAAGAUGGAAGAAGUUCUAGCGUCUUGACCAGAUGAAGAAAAAAAGAAAAGACAUCAGAGAAGACGUCUCCUGACUUCUGGAUCUGUAGAGAACAUUUCAUUUGUGGUAGAGAAUUAUCAUUUGAGGGAUGAGUUUAAGUGCAACUGAGAGUUGUGGAAAGAACUUACAGUACCGAGUAGAUCAUCUUCUCAGUGCAGUGGAAAAUGAACUUCAAGCUGGCAGUGAGAAGGGGGACCCCACAGAAAGAGAGCUCAAAGUUUCUCUGGAGGACCAAGAGCUUUGGUUGAGGUUCAAGGAGCUUACCAACGAGAUGAUUGUCACCAAAAAUGGAAGACGAAUGUUUCCUGUGCUUAAAGUGAAUGUGUCUGGACUAGACCCGAAUGCUAUGUACACAUUCCUGCUGGACUUUGUGUCAGCAGAUAACCACCGGUGGAAGUAUGUAAAUGGAGAAUGGGUUCCAGGAGGGAAGCCUGAACCACAAGCUCCAAGCUGUGUCUACAUUCACCCAGAUUCCCCAAACUUUGGAGCCCACUGGAUGAAAGAUCCUGUUUCUUUCAGUAAAGUUAAACUCACCAAUAAAAUGAAUGGAGGUGGCCAGAUUAUGCUAAACUCAUUACACAAAUAUGAACCCAGAAUUCACAUAGUAAGAGUUGGCGGACCACAGAGAAUGAUCACCAGCCACUCCUUUCCAGAGACACAAUUCAUUGCUGUGACUGCAUACCAGAAUGAAGAGAUUACUGCUCUUAAAAUAAAGCACAAUCCCUUUGCCAAGGCUUUUCUGGAUGCCAAAGAGAGAAGUGACCACAAGGAACUUCUGGAGGAAGCCAUAGAUGGUCAACAGGCUUACUCACAAAUAGGUAGCUGGCUCAUUACUGGCACUGGAUCCUUAUGCUCUCCUGCAAAUGCUCAUUCUCAAUUUGGAAGCCCCAUAUCCCUGUCCUCUCCUCAUGGCUGUGAUCGAUACACCUCUCUGCGGAAUCAUCGGACAGCUCCAUAUCCAAACCCUUACUCUCACAGAAACAAUUCCCCAACAACUAUUCAAGACAACUCAUCUUCUUGCAUGUCUAUGCUCCAGUCUCAUGACAACUGGUCUAGUCUACAAAUGCCUACUCAUACAGGAAUGAUUCACACCACAGGAACCUUAAAUGCUUCCAGUCAGUAUCCAAAUUUGUGGUCCGUGAGCAACAGCACCAUCACUCCUGUUUCUCAAUCUGGAGGAAUUUCUAAUGGAUUAGGUUCACAGUAUUUACGAGGGUCUACAUCUCACUACUCACCUCUUUCCCAUGGAGUGCCUUCACCAUCCUCAGGAUCGCCCUUGUAUGAUCAUGGAACAACAGAUAUUGCAGAUAAUCAAUAUGAAGUCACAAAUCAUUGUAGGUUAUCAACACCAUGGACACCAGUUCCAUCAACUUCAAUGUAAAGUAAAACCUUAUAUGACUUGUAUUCAGACAUGGUUCUUGAAGUCCAUUGGAUGACUUGGGGUACUAAGGCCCUGUAUUCAUAUUGUACACAGUGAUAUGUGUGGAGAAUGAAAAUAUUGAUUUCUCAAUGAGGACAUCUAAAUCUACUGUACACAGACUGAAACCAAUGUGAUUUUCUUUUUUUGUCAAGGCAUACAUGUUAAUUUAGUAUUUCUAUUACUGCUUCGUAGUAUUUGACAAUACUACAUAUUGCUUUACAGAACCAGAGAAAAUCAGUCAUGUACCCAAACAUAUUUAUUAUCUGAAGUGAGAUAGUUUUUAUAGUUUUUUCAUUACUAUCUUGAAAAAUAUCUCCAAAUACUCCAACUAUUUAUUGAACAAAUGUAAAUUGUAGUUAGAAAUGUCUUUUUGAAG